AUGCGGUAAUUUUUCCUGUAUCUAAAAUUUAUUCACAGUCGUUUAUAAAUGUCGGUCAAAAUGAGCCGCGAACUGAAAAAAGUUUGGUAAGCACUGCUUCUAAUCAAGCGUAUACACAACAGCAGUAUGAUAUCGUGGUCGGGCAUUCAGCAGUAUGCAAACGUACCUACGAUGUCACGUUAACACUUUGUUACUUGGGGUGGGAGCAUGAGACGUUACAGGCAGCUGUUGUUUUCCUUGCUUGUUUUAGGAGUUCUUAUUUUUAUUGGAAUUAAUUGGAAAUAUAAUAAACAGCAGCAAUUGAGCAGCUUCUUUAACCAGAAGAAUAAUAAUGUUGGUCCUUUGGUAAAAUGGAAUUAUGACGGAAUACUUGCAUUGGAAAAGCAGAUAAAGAAACAAACCAGAACUUACAAUGUUGCUAAAGCCGCAUGCGCGUUGAAUGUAAACAAAGAUAUACCAACCUCUUACAAACCACGGAUAAAAUUAGAUCCAAACAAAUUUCUCCUGCCGUUUUUGAUUUGGGGACCGAACAAUCAACUUAUAGGACUGAGAGACUCAAUAUUUGUCGCCAUUAAGCUUAACAGGACGCUUGUGAUACCAAGAUUUUUCACGCAUUACAAAGAUACUGGAGCUGAGAAGGAAUCUUUGGUGCAUGCUGCUAAUCGUAUUGACUUAGAAUAUCUUGCUCGGUUCAUAUCGUUGGUAACUUUGGAACAAUUUCAAAAUAAAUGUCGAAGAAAAAUUGAAGUUGUUUUUCAGAAUCGUCCUGUUGUCUGCAGCACUCUUAGUGCAGCUGAGCGGGCCACUGGAACCGACAUUUUAGGCUCCAAACAUACACCAGGGGUGGAUGGAAAACUUACUAUAAAGAAAAGCGAUCCAAGAUGUAAACCUGACAUAUCAGCUUAUCCUCACAAAGUGGAUGAUGGGACAAAACACGAAGUCCGGAAUUUAAAAGCUAUUUUCAAUUCCACAGCCAAGUGCGUCGUAUUUCUUUCACCGUUCCAGUCAUUGAGCGUGUCUUCAACUUACGGUAGAAUGCAUCAUGAUCAUUACGACAUUCCCAGCAUUGCUAAAUUGACGACGACGAGCUUAGUAGAAACCGUAGAUUCUUACAAACUAAUGGCUGCUAUAGAACACGAGACGCGGAGGCCACCAUACGUUGUGAAAAUUGCCGCCGAAUUCCUUCGUGACGUCAUGGCAAAUAACAGUUUUGUUGCAGUGCAUUGGCGAUAUGACAAGGAAAUUGUUUCAGAAAUAUGUUUAACCAAGCCAACAGAUCCCAUCUGCAACAAUUCCGUCACCCCUGGCCAUCUAGCGGUUGGGAUUUCGAAAGUUCUUAAAGAGAUAGCACCUUUAAACCAAUCAAAAAACACUGCACCGUUCAUAUACAUCGCAUCACCACCAAAAUUAAAAGACUUUGUUACUGAAGUGAAAACGAAUUUGUUAACGAAGCAUUAUUAUCGGAAUCUAAGUUUGCAGUUAACACCUGUUUUAACUACAGCUGAUUUGGAAAAGUAUUUAGACGCAAAAUAUCCGCGGCAGGCUUGCAAAGAUUUAAGGCCUACGGACAAUGAGUUUCUUUCUUUGAUUGAAAUGGAAAUUUGUUCAGCAAGCGUGGCAUUUAUUGGAUCUCAAUUUUCUUCUUGGACAGCUGUAAUUCAGCAUUACAGACCAAAAAAAUAUUUUAAAUUUGACCGUUCUGUUUACGAUGUUAUAUUCUGAAUUUUAUAUUUAUAGACCGUAUAAAGCUGAUGAGGGUGUCGGUAUCUAAAUAUAUAAAACAGGAACAAACAGUU